CGCCUGAGGAGAUGCUGAGCGGCAGAGACUGUCUCCCCUCCGCCCCGGGGCUGAGCCACCCACCGCUGCCACUGCCCCCUGGGUACCCCCCGGCCCCUGGUUACCCCACCUUCCUGCCUGAGCAGCUCCCACCCGGCACGCUCCAGUACCAAGAGCUGAUGCCGCCGGGGAGCUGCCUGCCUGAGGAGACCAAGCCCAAGAGGGGACGCCGGUCAUGGCCCAGGAAAAGGACGGCCACACACACCUGUGACUACGCAGGCUGCGGCAAAACCUACACCAAGAGCUCUCAUCUCAAAGCGCAUCUGAGAACCCACACAGGUGAGAAACCUUAUCACUGUGACUGGGAAGGCUGCGGAUGGAAGUUUGCCCGAUCCGAUGAACUUACUCGUCACUACAGAAAACACACAGGCCACCGCCCUUUCCAGUGCCAGCGGUGUGACAGAGCGUUUUCCAGGUCGGACCACCUCGCCUUACACAUGAAGAGGCACUUUUAAUUGGAAGCAGUGGAUCUUUCCCCAGCUGCCGUAGAGAUUCAGUAUUUACAGCACAAGGGACUGUCUUCCGCGAGAUGGGGAGAACGCAGUUUAAGCACUACAGAUAAUCAAGGUGAAGUCUUCCAAAGAGUGGAAAAGAGGGAUAAUUGCAUACAGACGUUGCAACCUUUUUUUUUAUAUAUAUAUACCUUCAAAAGAAAAGAGAACCAAAAACAUUGGGGUCAAUGACUGGAUCUUCUAUCAUUCCAUUUGUAAAUCCAACUUGAAUUAUUUCCGGACUACAAAAUGCCAAGGAGUGACUGGAAGUCACGGAUAUCAGGGUUAAACAGACUGUGUGUAGUUCGGAAGGGUGGGGAUAUUACACAGGGAAAUUACAUUCCCUUAAUUUUCUUUCAAUGCAAUAUUAGAUGUAAAUGUCAUCUUGUACUUUCCUUUUUUUUUUUCCUUCUAAAAGCCAUUACAAUGUUAAAAGAGGAGGAAAAAUUCAGGUACAGAAUUAUAUUUUAAAAGCCUGUUUCAUGGUGCUUAGUGACUGUUGGUUCUAGAGGUACCAAAACCAGGAAGCCAAAGUUCUCAAACUGCUGCAUAUCUGACAAG